GGCGGGCGCUUCGGCCUUGUUGCGGUGCGCGCUGACCUUGGCGCCUGGGGGUCCCGGAACCGCAGCCAUGGUGGCGUACUGGAGACAGGCCGGGCUCAGCUACAUCCGCUAUUCCCAGAUCUGUGCCAGUGCUGUCAGAGCAGCGAUGAAACCACAAUACAAAGCUGAGGCAGAAAAAGCUGCUGUGGCCACAAUAAAAAUAGUGAAACCUAAAAAGGAGUAAGAUGAUUGUCCCCGUGAUGAAGUGUAUGGACAAAAUAUCAAGUGAAGACAAGGUCAUGGGUCUGAAGAUGUGCAGUGUAGUCUCUUCAUGUUAGCUAUAAAAUCUUCCUGCAUGUGUAAGUCAACAUGCUAAUAAACAGCUUCUAGUUCACCAUGACCAUAA